GAGAUUCGUCCGGAAUGAAGUCGUCUGGUGCUGUCUAGUAGCCGCCAAAACAAGAGUAGCUCCCUUACGAUAUCACUCGAUUCCGAGACUCGAGCUCAUGGCAGCGGUUAUUGGUACAAGACUAUCCCAAACAGUUAUUGAUUCCUUGACCUUCAACGUCAGCAAGCGGUUCUAUCACUCGGAUUCCAGGGACGUCAUCUGCUGGCUGUAUUCGGACCACCGUCGCUAUACACCUUUCGUUGCCUGCCGAGUCAGCGAGAUCCUGGAGACUACAGAGCAGUAUCAAUGGCGCUGGGUCCCGACAAAGCUCAAUGUGGCAGACGACGCAACGAAAUGGGAGAAAUUUCCAGACAUGACUCCAGAGUCGAGGUGGUUCAUCGGCCCGGACUUUCUGCGGCUGCCAGAAGAAGCGUGGCCAUGCCAAUCAGUGAAGGGUAGCAAGACAGAUACCGAACUUCGUCCACGUCUGCUGACUCACUUUACCUUGCCGGACCCCGCAAUCAACGUCUCCAGCUGGAAGCGGAUGCUAAAGGUAGCCACACUAGUUCAUCGUUUCCCUGCAAACUGCCGAUUAAAGAAGCAACGAAAACCUAUCCUUCGUGGUCCUCCAUCCACAGAGGAACUCCAGCUUGCUGAGCGCUACGUAAUCAGACAAGCACAACGCGAAGCCUACCCGGAGGAAACAGCUACUCUUCAGCACCCGUCGAAAUCCAUCCCCAAGACUAGCUCUCUCUACAAACUAACCCCAUGGCUGGACGACCAUGGGUUGAUGCGGAUGCGAGGAAGAAUUUCUGCCUGUGCCCAAGCCAUCGAAGACUCCAAAAAUCCGAUCAUCCUUCCACGUGACCACCACACCACCAAACUCAUAAUCGCACAUUAUCACAACAAAUAUAAUCACCAGAACCAUGAAACCGCAAUAAAUGAACUCCGCCAGAGGUAUUGCAUUCCUCGGCUUCGAGCGACCUACGCGAAGGUACGCUACAAUUGCCAACACUGCAAAAACAAUCGUGCCGUUCCGCAACCUCCAAUGAUGGCUGAACUGCCUCCAGAGCGACUUGAUGCCUUCGCUCGACCCUUCACCAAUAUUGGCGUCGACUACUUUGGGCCAAUAGAAGUCGUCGUGGGCCGCCGAGUAGAAAAACGAUGGGGAAUGUUGAUCACGUGCCUUACCACACGCGCGAUCCACAUCGAAGUGGUGCAUACGUUAAGUACCGACUCAUGUAUCAUGGGACUCCGCAACUUUAUAGCACGCCGUGGUACACCGAAGACGAUCUACAGCGAUCGCGGGACCUGCUUCAUCGGAGCGAGCCGUGAAUUGGGAGAAAUUGAAGCAGCGAUAAACCAAGAGGAGCUGAUGAAGGAGUUUGGUGGAACUGAAACGACCUGGAAGUUCAACCCCCCGGCGUCGCCACAUAUGGGUGGCAGCUGGGAACGCUUGAUAGGCAUCGUUAAGCGUAACCUGAUGACAAUUCGGCCCCCACAUAAGCCCAACGACGAAGUGCUACGAAACCUUCUAGCCGAGAUCGAACACACCGUCAACUCUCGGCCUCUGACGCACGUACCGGUUGAUGACGAAUCUUCACCCGCUCUCACUCCUAAUCACUUUCUCCUGGGUUCAUCCGACGGAACGAAGCCACUAAGUACUCUAGAUGAUACCGGAGUGACACUCCGGCGUACCUGGAAGAUGUCUCAACAGCUGGCCAACCAAUUCUGGAAGCGUUGGCUAACUGACUACUUGCCGGAGAUUACGCGCAGAACGAAGUGGUAUGCCGACACGAAGCCAAUAACAAUUGGAGACGUGGUGGUGAUCGUCGACCCCAAAUUGCCCCGCAACUGCUGGCCUAAGGGUAAAAUCAUCGCUACCAGUGCCAGCCCCAAGGACAACCAGAUCAGGUCGGCAACCGUACAGACCGCGACUGGGGUGUUCGAACGACCAACAGCUAAGCUCGCCGUAUUAGAUGUACGGCGCGACGAAUCGUAAGCCGAUUUCACAAUCGGCGUACCCGGGGGGAGUGUUUAGUACGCCCCUGGCGUAGAUGCGCACCGUCCGAUCCAAUUACCAUAUCAACUCUCACACACCAGCGCACCCAGGUAACGUACGCCACCUUUACCCUCUGUAGACAGUGAUCCAGCGACGAUCCGAUGUAUUGUGAUAAAAGAUAAUGAUCGAUCAAUCCAAAAGCAUCUAUCUAGCCAGUAUCGCGUGCAGUUGCAUUAGGUUGUUUUUAGUGUUUUAUUUCAAGUGGAAUUACUAUUAAUCUAAUUUGCUAAAUACGAGAUUCCCAAUUAGGUAAAGUUGCAUCUCCUAAGUUGCGCUAAAGUGAAUUAUAUAUAUUGAAUUUUCUCUACAGUAUUCGCCUAUACAGAAGUGAAUUUGUAUAACCUAAAAUAUAAAGUUCUAUACCUACAUGCAAAGUACGGACAUUAGUACGAAAAAUUGCAGUGAGCGCAUUGUAACAGGUAACUUCAGUAGAGCUGUAGAUCUCGCGUGACCUUUGGUGACAAGCAUAGCACAACGGGACUAAACGUGAGUUGAAAUGCCCAAAACUAUUAUUAUAUACGUAACACCAAACACGAACAAGAAAAGCGAUAUUGUACAAAUACUAACAGAAAUGUCAUGCAAAAUCCAUAUUUCAGGAAUAAAAUAAUACCCUAUUUAAGAACGUAAAUCCCACGUCUCCGGUCGUUCUGGUAUUAUUAAUUCGGAAAUCAACCCGUGCCGUUAUAUGUUGGCAACUUC